AUGCCAAAUGUAACCCUCGGAAAGGGCGCAUCGCCCGCAACCAGAACCCGCAAUACAGCCAUCCUGAGCAUGUUCGCCGUGAUUGGCGGUACCUGGCUCGCCUUUAGAUCGCUUUCGCCACGGAGGAGCCAAGCAUCGGUGUCCGAGGGGGAUCGACAAGCCAUAGAUGGCGAGAUCAAGUUGGGACGCGCAGAAGUCGUCUCAGAAGCCGAUCGACAGACGAUGAAGGGGGGCGAACCUGGUGAGAAGAAGGUGGGACGUGCGCCACAUAAGGGACUUACGACUCCUUGA